UUGGUUCGUACAAUUAAAUCAAACGAUAUAAUUGGUUUAUUCCAAUCGGCUAGAUCUGAAAACAAAGAUUUCUCGGCCAAUAAAAGCCAAGUCCUCAGCUAUUGUAACGUUCUGUAAAGUCUUCGUCAACGAUCGGUUCUUUUCCCAUUUAAAGAAGAAGAAGAAGAAAAACCCUGCUUGCCCAUGAUUCCUCACAACUGCAUCUCUCCGACCCUCAAUGAGCAUCUUAUUGUCCAGCUCUUCGGACAUUUUCAUCUGAAACUUGGGUAUUGUUUCUGCUGGAACUAAUGAAUGUUCUGGUUCUGGUUUGCCGAAAAGGAUCUAGUCUUGAAACUAUGGGGAAGGGCAAGAAAAGAUGAGUAGAAAAUGUGGAAGAUGUUUGCUGUAGAAAAUGCGAAUGAUCCAGGCUCGAAAAAGGGACCCUUAACAAGGGAUAAAAGGAUUCCAUGAGUCACUAGCUGCGUCGAUCUAGCAGCUUCAUGGGGGGGGGGGGGGGGGGGGGGUGGGGGGUUGGGGGCGGCGCAUCAAGUUAAAAUAUGAGAAGUACUGAAGCUGCAUAAUUAGCUUCGUCAUCAAUAUUAACAGCUUCAUGGGGGCGCAUCAAGGUACCCCUCUUUUAUUGAACAAUUACUUUAAUUUGAAACCGAGAACCAAAAAAUGGCACUUACAAUUAUUAUUUUUCAAAGAUGUUAUCCCUUAAUAUCACUUACAAUAUUAACAGCUUCAUGGGGGCGCAUCAAGGUAGCCCUUUUUUUAACACUGGAUUUAAGCCACAGAUAUAAGUAGUUUUAUCUUCCUCUUUCUAAGUUGUGUUUUUAAAUUAAUUCCUGCUUACCAACAGCUAAUUGCUUUAUUCCCACCACACUUUCCACCAAUCCAACUAGCUUAAGAAUAGGCCUCCCGAAUUUUUUAUAACCAAGGUAGUUGGUAGCUAUACUUGUGUGUGGUAGGCCAAGCUAACUACUACUUGCAAAAAAUCUUUUUUGAUAGAGGUGGAGACUCUUCAUACUUAAAUAAAUAUCUUUUGAUUGAGAGAGAAAAAAUACAAGAAUAUUCUAAAGAGAGAUAAUCUGAAAAUAUAUAUGCACCAGAGAAUGAAGAUUGUGAAUCUUUGUUCUGAAGGUCUCAUAGUGUAUUUAUGGCCCAUGAAUCUUGUUCUUUUGUGAAGAGAAGAGUUUAGAGUGUACUCUUAUCCUGAUAACAUUUAAUGAGAAAUAAAUAUUUCAUAUAUUUGUAUUAAUGUUUGAUGAGAAUAUGAUGGGUUCUUUAAUGACUUUUAUAUACUUAAAAGAUGUAGGGAGAUUAGGGUCCAAGACAUUAAAUGUAGUUAAGUCCAUGAAGGCUGAGUUUUUCCUCGAAAUAAGACCUAAAAGAGGUUGUUCAUUCUUCUAAACGUGCAAGAAGAGACCGGUUUCUGUUCGGUUUGAUUUUUUUAGAACAAAAACCGGUUUGACUCUGUUUUUUCGGUUUGACUUGUUUUGGCUCGGUUUUUUUCGAUCUUGGUUUGGUUUGGUUAUUUCAAUUUCGAGCUUAUAAAACCGAAACCGAACCAAACCGGUCGAUUUUUUUAAAAUUUUAAUCAUUUUUUCCAGUUAUUUUUUUUUGUUUUCUUGGUUUAAUCGGUUUUUUAAAUUUUUUUUGCUCAUCCUUAACUAUGCCUAGCAUGCCCGAGUGUGGGUGUGGCUGGCACCAAACCCAACAUUCUUGAAGUUUCGCACACUAUCAAGCCCUCAUGUGACUAGACUUGACACACUAUCAAGCUUCUACUUAGAACAUGCUCAUUUAUUGGGCAUGUAUACUGUGAAGUCUAGUAUGUCUAGGACUUGACACACUAUCAAACCUAAGAGAGUUUGGGUAUGGCUGGCACUAGACCUGUUAUUCUUGAUCUUGGCAGUGUGAUUGAGCUUGACACACCCCGAGUUCCCGCUCAGGACAUACUCAUUCUUUUAAGUAUCUCUAGGAAGGAGGGUUAUAAGGGUUUAUAUAUAUAUAAAGCAAAAAAACUUAUGAUUACAGUACGUUUACGGCACGCAGGCAUCCCCAUUCAAUAUCCUUUGGAACUUUUGUUUCUGUGAAAUUCAGAAUAAGCUUUGGUAAAACAGUUGCAAAAAACAUGCGGAGACAACAACAGACACAAACUGAUCUAUUUUUGAAAGGUUUUUUUAUUGUCAAUGAAAAACAAUUACUUCCAAAUACUUCUUUUUUGUUUCUUUCAGAAUUUGGUAUUAUUGUUCUGCUAAUAAACAAGAAAAAAAAGGUGCAACUCAAGAGUGAUGCGCGAGACAGCAUGCAGCAACAGUAGCUUAAAAGGUCAUGAAUUGAAUUUUUAUUUUAUCUACCGACCAAUAUAUAAAAUCCUGGGUAAAAGGAGUCCAGGCCCUUUUUGGCAAAAUGAUACGCAUUUAAUUAGAUCAUCACACCCAUUCAAUCCAAUUCAACCCAAGCGUUUAAUUAGGUCUGCUACUGUUUUUUUCUUCUUCCAACUUUACUUGUGUAGUUGUGUACCAGGUAUAGAUUGUAUGCUACGUUGACCUUGUUAGCCUUUUCUCUGUUUUCUGUUUUAAUUCGAUGUCCUUGUCCGCCUUGCUCACGCGACCUAGUAUGAUCAUUAUUAUUUUUUAAAAUAUAUUUUAUUUAAAAAUAUAUUAAAAUAAUAUUAUUUUAUUUUUAAAAAAUUAUUUUUAACAUACGUCCAUCAAAAUAAUAUAAAACUAUUAAAAAAUUAAAUUUAAAAUAAAUAAAAAAAUAAAUUUUUUUAAUUUUUUUAAAAAUACUUUAAAAAAGAAAUUAAAUAAAAAAAGAGAUACUUGAUCAUUCCUGACUUCAAUAAAAUCCUAAAAGGACCACGGCGCCCUUUGAAGACGAGGACAAAAAAUGAACACACGAAUUAAAGCCAAAGGUUAAUAAAAAAAAGUGAAGACCAAUGGGUCCCUGAGUGACGUAUCGCACGAAAGUUUAUAGCCAUGACAGGAUACCUUCACGGUGCACGUAGAUAUCGCGCGUUUUCGCACAAUUUCACUAAAAUGCCAUGCUUUCACUUAUCAGCUUGUAUAUCUAAACAUCAUCUCUCGAACUCAAUUGACAAUUAUGAACAAACUUCGUUAAGAUCGAGCUUUAUGAGUAUUUUCUCUCUUGUCUUUGUUUCCAUUGUUAUCCUUUUUUGGAGUUGGUCUUCUCUAGCUAGUUCUGUUUGCUUUCGUUUUGUACAGGUAGCAGCUAAUGGAUCCGCUCGAUGUUGUGUAUUUAACAGAGCUGUUAGAUACGAUGCAUCAACCUAAUAGAAGUGGAGCCAACGCAUCUGCACUAAAUGAAACCGCCAACAGCGCUUAUGGAGCGAACCAUGUGCCAAUCGAGCAGUACCUAUCACCUUUACCUGGAGAGUCUCCUAACACAGCUCAUGCUAAUCUGAAAAGAAAAGCUCCUUCGGACCGUGAAAAGAAAAGGGAGAUUGACAGGGCAUAUCGGCUGCGAUGCAGGGAAAAGAAAAUGAAAACUGAACAGGACUUGGUUUUGCUCACCGAAGAAAAUAAUAAAUUAAAGAGAGAGAAUGAACAGUUGAAAAGGGAAGGAGUUAAGCAGCCGGAGAUGGUGCAAACCCAGGAAGAAGAAAUGAAAGUAGUAAAGAAUAAACUUUGCCAUUUGAAGGACCAGCUUCAGAUACAAAAUGCUGUCGUGGAAGUGCUCUCAAACCAAUUAGCUAGUAGGAAAAAUAAUAUGGAUCUUCAGUGCGAAAAUAAACAGCUAAGAUUAGAAAAAAGUCUAUUGAUCAAGAAGAUUAAUGACAAUGACUAUUUAAACGACGUCAUUCAACUUCAAGAAAACUAUACAAAAUUAGAACAAGACAAGAAUGCUCUCCAAGAGAUUAUCGAUGCCUUAUGUGAACAGAUUAAAGAAGGAUAAUGACCUCAUGCGUACCAAAACAAGCAUUCUAAGACUUGCAGCCCUUGUUAACAAUGGACGAUGCAUAUCUCUUGCAGCUACUUAUUGUCAAUGGACGGUGCUGCCAUUCAAGCUUGGCUGGUGCAUGUGGGCUGCUAUUUGACAUGAAUGGCAACAACCCAACAAAUUCCGUGGGGUGUUUUGUAACAGGUUUUGUAGUAGAGAUUUGUUAUGGAAUUUGGGGAUUAGAUCGAUGUUUGCAUCUUGAAGUUGAUUCCUUUAUGUUUAGACUUUGGUAGAUGAUCGAGGAGAGGGAAGGCCCUAUUAAAGUUAAAUGCAAGAAAUAAAGUUUAGUUUAACUAUUA